AUGCCGCCUAGGCAAAGUAAGCCUCCACGUCCUUAUAGAGAUGAAGAAUCGGUACAUGGAAGUGGUGGUGAAGCACCUCCACCUCCUCCUCCACCACCUCCACCUUUUCCUCCGCCUCUUCCUCCACCCAUGCCGGAUUUGGGGCAAUUUGUGGCAGCUUUGAUAGCCGCCAUACCGGACCUAGCUGAUAAACUCUGUUGCACGAAAGAUCAGAGGGUCAAUUACGCAGGGCUGUCACUUAAGGGUGAAGCCCGUCACUGGUGGAAGGCUACAAAGACUCUGCUCAUAGAAGAGUUGGGUCGCGGAGUUCCUAUCACAUGGGAACGCUUCAAGAAGAAGUUUAAUGAUUGCUUUUUCCCUCAAGCACAUCGACAACAAUGUGCGCGAGAAUUUCAAGAUUUAAAUCAAGGGGCUAUGUCAGUUGAACAGUAUUCGGCUAAGUUCCUUAAACUUUCGAGGUAUGCUCCACGCUUCAUCCCCGAUGAAGAGACCAAGAUUGAGAGGUUUCGUGAUGGCUUGUCACCACAAAUCCUUGAAAGGGUUAUCUGCUUCAAGGUCACCGACUAUGCUGAUAUGGUGCACAUGGCCACUAUGGUCGAUAAGGGAAUUAAAAAUGCGAUUGCUGACUUUGUAAAUAGGAAGCAGUCAAUGUCUUUAGGGGCACCUCCCUCACCCCCAUCCAAAAGACAUGUUACAAGUAGCAGUGCUGGGCCUAUUGUGAGUAGGGACACUUCUGGUAGUCAGGGUAGUGGCAAUUACCCUCAGUGUAGCAAAUGCGGGAGGCUGCAUAGGGGAAAAUGUAAACUGGGAAUGAAAGUGUGCUUUAAGUGUGGCAAGACCGGCCACUUUAUAAGGGAAUGUCCACAAGCAAGUAUGGGAAAAGGACAAGAGUCACAGACAAGCGUCAAUCAGCCAAGGCAGACAGCUCCAGCAAGGGUGUUUGCACUCACACCAGACAAUGUCAUUGCUGAGGAUAAUAUUAUCGGCGUAGUCACAGUUGAAGGGAGAACCUUGCCAGCAAAGCUAGCAGUAUUCAGCAUGUUGGGCUUCGAUGUCAUUCUUGGCAUGGAUUGGCUAUUGGAGUACAAAGCUAACAUUGAUUUCCAUAGGAAGGAAGUCACAUUCCGACCUUAUGGAAUGGAAGAGUUCAAGUUCCAAGGGUCUAGAGUGCGAGCGACUCCGCCACUUCUCUUUGCCGUCCAAGCAAUUAAGAGGGUCAGAGAGGGUGCACAAGCUUAUUUGGCUUAUGUUCAAGCCAAGCCUGAAGCCAGGGUGAAAUUGGAAGACAUUCCGGUGCCUAUCGACAAGGCACCCUAUCGUAUGGCUCCGACUGAGUUGAGCGAAUUGAAAAAGCAGCUUCAAGAGUUGCUUGAUCAAGGUUUCAUUCGGCCUAGUGUAUCUUCGUGGGGAGCGCCGGUUUUGUUUGUGAAGAAGAAGGAUGGGUCUAUGCAGAUGUGCAUAGAUUACCGUGAGUUGAACAGGAUAGAUCUGCUUUCGGGGUACCAUCAGCUCAGGGUACGAGAAAAAGACAUUCCAAAGACAGCAAUCCGAACACGGUAUGGCGAUUACAAUUUCUUAGUGAUGCCAUUCGGAUUAACAAAUGCACCGUCAGUGUUUAUGGACUUGAUGAAUCGAGUAUUCCAUGAGUAUUUGGAUUCUUUUGUAGUGGUUUUCAUUGAAGACAUAUUAGUCUACUCGACUAAUCAUGUCGAACAUGAGGUACACUUGAAGACAGUAACGGGGAAGCUAGGAGAAAAGAAGUUGUUUGCUAAAUUGAAGAAGUGCGAGUUUUGGCUUGAAGAAGUGUCAUUCUUGGGUCAUGUUGCGAGCAAGAAUGGACUUACAGUGGAUCCAGCAAAAGUGCAAGCCGUGGUUGAGUGGGAACGGCCUACGAGCUUGCGAGAGAUCCGUAGCUUCUUGGGCUUAGCAAGUUAUUACAAGAGAUUUAUUGAGGGGUUCUCUUCAUUGUCAGGGCCAUUCACUACCCUCACAAAGAAGAAUGCUCCAUUUAUUUGGAGUGAUACAUGCGAAGCAAGGUUCCAAGAGCUGAAGCGCAGACUAGUUACAGCACCUGUACUUACACUGCCUAUGGAGUCUGUUGGGUAUGUCGUGUAUACAAAUGCAUCCAAGAAGGGAUUGGGAUGCGUGCUUAUGCAACAGGACCGAGUGGUAGCCUAUGCCUAA